AUGUCAAAUGUUUUGCGGCCCUACCUAGCGGCGGUGAGGUCAACCCUCACUGCGGCGCUCACCCUCGAGAACUUCUCGUCACAGGUUGUAGAACGGCACAACAAACCGGAGGUUGAGACAGGAACAUCAAAGGAGGUUCUACUCAAUCCUCUGACGAUAUCGCGUAACGAGAAUGAACGCGUCCUUAUCGAAUCAUCCGUCAACUCUAUCCGUCUCAGCAUCAAGAUCAAACAAGCCGACGAGAUUGAAAGAAUUCUAUGCCAUAAAUUUACUAGGUUCAUGAUGCAAAGAGCAGAGAGCUUCAUCGUGCUGCGGCGGAAACCUGUGCAGGGUUAUGACAUUUCUUUCCUCAUCACAAACACUCAUACAGAAACCAUGCUCAAGCACAAAAUUGUUGAUUUUAUCAUCCAAUUUAUGGAGGAAGUUGACAAGGAAAUUAGUGAGAUGAAGCUCAGUUUAAACGCUCGUGCGCGUAUUGUUGCAGAAUCGUAUCUGACCGCGUUCAACGCGUAACAGGCUUUAUUCGAUACCCUUGCACUCCGACCUUCAUUCCAUCUUCGAACCGGUCAUAUAAACAACCUUGCCGUCAUUUGUACCGAGUAUCGUAAUUAACAUCCUCAAUAAAAUACGCAUCAAAUGGAUAC